UUUAUAAGUAUUUUAGGCAAUUUAUUUAAAAUUAAAUUUAAGCAUAAAAAGAAAAUGAAGAACCAAUACAAAAUAGGAUUAUUAUCUAUAGGUGGAGCUGCAAUAGCUGCAGGUGUAUACUUAUAUUUUUUUAGAAGGAAUUUGAGUGUCCAACAAAGAUAUUACAAGAUGCUUCACUCUUUUAAAUACGAUGUUUUUAGUUGCGAUCAAUUUUAAUUGAGCAAUAUGAAUCUCAGAUUUGACUAAAUGCUUAAUUUUGCUACCCAUGAUGAAAAGGAUCCUGAUAUGAUUUUCUCAGAAAAACUUUAAUACAAAGAUAUUGAAAGUUUAAAAUAGUCAGGGGCCUGCGGUAAAGGGUUUGGUAAUGGAGCAAUUUAUUAUGAAUGCUUGGAUUGUUCUCCAAUUAGAUAAGAACUUAAAAAUACUCAUAAAGUGGCUGAAAAAGAUCAAAUUUAUCUCGUUUUAUGUGAAGAUUGCUUUUUUAUGAAGCAUAAAAACCAUCAAUUUGUAAAAUAUGAUUCAGGAGUGAGCUGCGAUUUUAAGUGCCAUUGUGGGCAAUCUAGCUUUAUGGAUAAAGAACAUUUUUGUUCUGAUCAUUAAGGAUAUGAGAAAUUAAAAGAUAUCUUUGAGGAAGAAUAGAAGUAAAAUUAAGGGCUAUGGAAUGGAGUGGAGAAAUUUUUCUUAGAUGUUUUCCAUCUUCUGUUUGAGAGUAUGUGUGAAUUGCAUUUGAGAAAAAGCCAAAAGAAAAUUAAGUAAGAAUAAUUAACUACUCAAACUGAAAGGAUUAAUUUAAUAGUUGAGUUGAUUUUUAAAAAAAUCAAUGAAAUAAUAGAGUUAAAUCCUCCUUCAAUUCACUUUAUGCCUAGUAUUUUACUAAAGCAUCUAGCAAAGCCAAUCGGUUUAGAAUUAGUUAAAGAAAAGCAACACGACUCAACUGAUUAUAAGUGGGUAAGGAAAAUAAAUAAAGACAAGAAAAUAAAUAAUGAAUUGAGUAUAUUAGAUUACAUUUUUCUUUUGUAUGAAUUUAUUGAUAAUUAAAAUGACUAGUUGAUCAAUGAUACAUUUCGUGCUCUUAUUAAAGUUGAUGAGAUUUUUAGCUAAAGGUUUUGUGAGAUUUUCAUAAAGACUUUUAGAUAUUCAUUGAGAGAAUAAAAUGCAAAUGUUGAGAAUUAUGGUAUAGUCAAUGAAGGAUAUUUACCAUCCUGUUCAUUUAUACUAGUAGAGUUUAUUUGUCUCAAUAAUGUCUUUAACCAUUUAAUUGAUAGUUUAGGUGUAGGAAUCUUUGAACCACUUAAUUUCUUAAUAGAGUGGGUAGAAAAAAAGUAAAGAAGUAUCGCGGAAUUGGACUAUGUUUAAUAUAUCCUCUUAAAUAUCGCCUUUGAAAUGUUUAGAUUCGUUAAUUAGCUUAAAGUAUUACUCUAAAAGUAUCCAAAUGAGCUUAUAAGUAAACUCCAUCUUCUGAGUUUUGUUCUAUUCAAAGUAAACUCUUUUGAAACUACAAGUGAGAAUCCAGAGGAGUAUAUACCUUUAUUUGUUUGUACUCUUUUACAGUUUAGAUAACUUGAAAAGCAUGUUCUAUAUUGUUAUAUUAACAUUUGUGAAGGAUUGUUGCUUAUUAAUGAUGAAAAGCUUACAAAUAACAUUUUCCCAAUUUUAAUUUAAGAAUUUAAGUAGACUGUAAUCAAAGCAAGGUAAUUUUUAGAUUAAAAAACAUAAGAAAACAAAUAAUUCUGCACAUCUUCAAUCACACUUAUAAGUCAUUUACCUCUCCUAGUUGCUCUAUCAGAGAGGAAACUAUUUUCUAAAGAAGUAAUUUCAAGCUUCUUUAAAAAACACUUUGAAUUUGAUAACGAAUCAAGCAAACAAAAGUUCUUUUAAAGUCUUCAUAUGAUAUCUAGAAGUUUCUAAACAUUUAAUUAAGAUAUCAAUUUAUAUUAACUAAUUUUUUUAUACCAUUAAUUUAUCUAAAAUUAAUAACAAGCGAACUUUUAUAAAGAACUUUCAAGAGCUAAUGAAGAUUUUCUGUUUUCUUGUAAAUACAGAAUUUAUGACUUUCUAAAUCUAACAUAUUCCAUCAUCUUGUUAGAAGAUGAAUAGGAUUACAAAAAAAAUGGCAAACACAUAUUAAGUUAAUAUGUGCAAGGGUAUUUGUCUUAAUUAAGAUAAUAAAUGCAAGGAUAGGAGAUUAAUCCAAUAAAAUAGUUAAAUUUAAACUCUAAUUCAACUAUAUUGUUUUAAUAAAUAGCUGAUUCCAUACCUUUCUUUAACGUUUUCGCAAAUUCUUACCAGCUAUACUUCCCAGAACUAGUUGCUUCUGAAAAAAACGAAGGAAAGGCCCUCAUUCAAAAAAAUAUAGAAGAAUUUAUAAUUACCAAUAUUAAUUUACAAAAAGAUAGCAAAAUGUAUAUUAAAGAUGUUUUACAACUAUGUUCAGAGUAAAUCUACUAAACGAAUAUUGUUGAAAAAUAUAUUUAAGGCGUUUGUCAAAAAACUAAAAACCAAGAUGAAAGUUAAGAAAUCAUUCUUUUAGAUGAAUUUAAACAAAAAUUUUAUACUAGACAUAUUUUAAGAUAUAAUUCAUUCGAUAUACUAGAAAAACUAAUAGCUGUAACUAGUAAGUUUUCUGAUUCUAAAGAGGAAUAUACUUGUUUAGGGAGUGAUUUUAAUUUGAAAAAUCUAUUCCCUUACUAAAGAGAUUUAUGUAAAAAGAUCUUUUUAGAUGAAAGCUAUGUUGAAAAGCUAGUUAAAUUGAACUGUAUCUAAAAUAUAAAAAUAAUUUAUAUGAAAAGUAUAAUUUAUCAAAUUUUUAUUGUUUUUAAGGUAAUAAAAAGCAAAGAUUAAGUAGAACUAUUUACUGAGCAAGAGCAAUCUCAAAUCUAAAAAAUAACUGAAAUUUUAAAAACAAAACAACUAUUAGACUUUUAUUCCUCUGUGAAUAGCAAAUUUGAAGGAAGAGAAAAAUUAUUGUUCUCAGAAUUAAUUCUUAUAAAUAACUUGAUACAUACAUAUCUUUAAGAAUUGCAUUCUAAUUGA